UUUUUGGUCAACAAUUCAUUGUUUGCUUCAUAUUGACUCUGCGGACUUAUGCUCUCUACGGCCGUAGCAGGCGCCUGCUGAUUUGGAUGGUGGUGGCCGUCAUUGCUCUUGCAGGAGUAGCUUCUGUGGGAAUAUUUGGACAUUCUUCAACCACUGUGAUCGCCGUGCCAGGAGUUAACUGUUAUGAAUCAUAUGUAUCAACGACAUCAGCCAGUCCUGGGCUGGCAUGGGUAGCCCUAUUUGCCUACGAAUUACUCAUCUUUAUCCUCACAGUGUCCAGGAUUUGCAAAACUAGAGGAAUGCUGCGGUCACCGUAUUUGGUGAUGUGCAGGAAAGACAUCACUGGCAUCAUAUUCCAAGAUGGUGCGAUGUAUUUCGGAGCGAUGACACUAUCUAAUAUACCGAACAUCCUGAUGUUCUACUACGGUUCAGAUAUCGACAAGUCCAGUCUGGCCACAUUUACCAGCUGCAUGUCCGUGACUCUCGUAUCUCGACUGAUGCUUAACCUGCACAAAUUUAUUGACUCUGGCAUUUUCACCACUCCCAUUCAGGAUGAUAACCACGAUUCCUAUAUCCUUACUACCAGGGUAUCUAUCCACGAGCAGUCCUUGAUUUCCCAAUAAUAUUAUUGUGUCGAGCCUGCGUGCGUCUGAACUUCUUCACAUGCGAUACCUGAGCACUUGUGUUGUGAUUGCAAAUACGUGUCGCGGUAAGUAUCAAGCCGCUUAACAAAAAC